AAUGCUUAACACGUUUCGCUCACAGAUCCAAACACGUCGAGUUCAUAUCUCUCUCUCUCUGUUAUGCCAUUUUCCUGAUUACUCUUUCUCGAUCCGAACACCGCGUUCAUCACCGCGAGAACAAAUCCAUUCGACUCCCUCGAAAAACUCAGAAAUCAGCCCCCAAUUCACAGACACAGAGAGAGCGAGAGAAUUCACGAAAAUGGCUUCCUUCGACGCUUUCAGCAACGACGAACACGACGACCAACAGCACCAUUCGCCCACAACGCGGCCCUUCGAUGACGAUGACUUCAUCGGUUACGACUCUCAUCUCCCCUCCCAGCGCUACGACUCUUCUACCACUUUCUCUCCCGCCGACGAUAUUUCCUCCGCUGACCAACUCCCUCGCGCUCCCCCUUCCUUCUUUGAAGAAGACGUCGUUUCCGACGUCCACACCGCUGCAAACACAAAUAUUCCUAAUUUGUCUGACGUAUACGACUUCGGCGGUUCCGAUCCCAAUCCCGACUAUGUCUCUCCCUUUGAUCCUCUCGACGCCGAUGGGGAUCAUGACAAUGCCGCCGCCGCUGGCGUUGGUGGUAUUGACGAUGGUGGGAUUUUCGCUUCCGAUGGACCGGUUCUCCCGGACCCAAGCGAAAUGCGGGAGGAAGGCUAUGCCCGACGCGAAUGGCGACGUCAAAAUGCCAUCGAUCUUGAGGAGAAAGAGAAGAAAGAAAAGGAGAUGAGAAACCAAAUAAUUAAUGAAGCUGAAGAGUACAAAGCAUCCUUUUAUGAGAAAAGGAGGCUCAAUUGUGAAACAAACAAGGCACACAAUAGAGAAAGAGAGAAGCUUUACCUAGCAAACCAGGAAAAAUUCCACAAAGAAGCUGACAAACAUUUCUGGAAAGCAAUUGCAGAGAUCAUCCCACGAGAGGUCCCAAAUAUUGAGAAGAGGAGAGGAAAGAAAGAUGCUGAAAAUAAGCCUUCAAUAGUGGUCAUUCAGGGUCCAAAACCUGGGAAACCAACCGAUCUUGCACGAAUGAGGCAGAUUCUCUUGAAGUUGAAACAGACUCCUCCACCUCAUAUGAUGCCGCCUCCACCCAAACCGGCCAAAGAUGGCAAAGAUGGCAAGGAUGCCAAGGAUGCCAAGAAUGGAAAGGAUGACAAGGAUGCCAAGAAUGGAAAGGAUGGAAAAGAUGUGAAGGAAGGGAAGGAGGACAAAGGUGGAAAAGAAGCAAAGGAAGGAACAGAAACCAAAGACGCCAAGGAAGAAGGGAACGAAGUCAAGGACAAGAAAGCAUCCUCGCCAACUGCACCAGAUAACACACCCUCAUCUCCUGCAAAAAAUGUGGAUGCUAAUGGUACACCUGGUCAACCCAAACCAGAGAUUGAGGCUCGCACUGCAGCUGGUGCAGAAGAGGUGCCAGCUCCUGCGGAUUAAGAAACUAUUAUUACUUCCAUCUUAUGGUUUUUGCAAUGUGAUUUUUUUUCUCUGUUCACAUUUUAUCACAGAGAAUAAGUAAGUUUUUGUUACGGCCGUGCUGCAUUCUCUGCAGCGUAGGAUCUGAACAGCUCUUCUUGUCUAGACAUAGAAUUUUAGGCUGAUUUAUCAUCUAAAUUUGUCAUCUCUCUGAUUUGUAUCUUCUAUGCUUAAGAGCACCCAAGUCGCUCUUUUUACGAUAAGAAGACAAGGUUGGUGGGUGGGGGAGCCUAUCUUAUAUACUUCUUUGGUUACAAA